AUGACGACCACAGCCUUCACCUGCUAUAGAAUUCUUAAGCUGCUCAUCCCUUCGGCCUUCACCGGCAACUCCAAGGUCUUUUGGCUCAAGAUGAAGAGCAUUACGAUCACUAUAUUGCUAAGUUCAAGAUCGGCGCUGAUCACAAUGACCAAUCAACCCUAUUUGAUCUCAUUCUGGAUUUAUAUAAAGGAUGAUGGAUUCACUGCACAUGAUAUGAAGACGGUGACUGAUGACCUCAUCAUUGCCAGUGAAUUAAAUGAAGUGGAGUUCAGCUGUAAAAGCUUAAGUGUUCAUGGAUAUGAUAUUUCUGCAGAUCCAUUAAGUCAAUUUACAGAAGAUCGUUUCUUCAAUUCCCUUGGGGGGUAUAUGAAGGACAUUGGUGCUGCCUUGGAAUUGUUUAAGGCUUCAGAAAUCAUCAUACAUCCAGAUGAAUCGGUUCUUGAGAAACAAAAUAACUGGAUGAGUCAUUUCCUGAAACAGGAGUUAUCCAAUACUUUAACUCAGGCUCGUAGACUCAAUAAGCAUAUUGGCCUGGAGGUGGAUGAUGCUCUUAAGUUUCCUUUCUACGCAAGUUUGGGCCAGUUAUCAAGCAGGAGAGCAAUAAAAUCUUACAACACAGAGUACAAGAAUUUUAGAAUUCUUGGAUUAAUAAAGAAAUUAUUGAAAAGAGGUUUUUAUUUUCUCAUGCACCGGGCGCGGGGUUUCCACCAACCCCCGGGUCCGGGGCGUGACAUUUUCCCUCCUGAACUAUCAGAUGCUCGCAUGUCAUGGGUUAAAAGUGGAGUGCUUACAACUGUGGUUGAUGAUUUCACUGACGUUGGAGGUUCUGAGGAGGAGCUGGUAAACCUUAUACAAUUGAUCGAGAAGUGGGAUGUGAAUGUGAAUGUUGAUUGUUGUUCCGAGCAUGUUGAAAUUAUAUUUUCAGCACUUAAGAACACAAUUAAUGAGCUUGGAGUCAAGUGGUUGGAUUUGCUCAAGUCUGGGCUGAAGGAAGCUGAGUGGUUGAGAAACAAGUCAGUGCCAACAAUGGAGGAGUAUAUGACAAAUGGAUAUAUAUCAAUGGGCAUUGGACCAAUUGUCCUUCCAGCUCUCUAUUUUGUUGGGCAUGAGCUUUCAGAGGAGGUUGUAGGAAGAAGUUCCGAAUUGCAUGAGCUGUAUAGACUUAUGAGCACCUGUGGACGUCUUCUGAAUGAUAUCCAAGGCUUCAAGAGGGAUUCCGCUGAAGGGAAGCUAAAUGCUCUAUCGUUGACCAUGAUUCAUGGGAACGGUGUCGUUACUGAAGAAGAGGCCAUCAAUGAGAUAAAUAGUAUUAUAAAAAGUAAGAGGGGAGAGCUGCUACGAUUAGUUUUACAGGAGUCGGGUAGCAUAGUACAAAGGGCUUGCAAGGAUUUGGUUUGGAACAUGAGCAAAGUGCUGCACUUUUUUUAUGCCAAAGAUGAUGGAUUCAGUACACAUGAGAUGAUGCAAAGUGUAAAUGCUGUAACUGAGGAACCCAUCAUUCUCAGUGAAUUGCGAGUAAAAAGUAAAUAA